AUGGGGAAAUACUUCCACCUGUACGAGAACGUUUCAAACGUGAGUCCCUUCGAGGGGCCACAGUUUUACCUGGCCCCUCGCUGGGUCUUUCACCUGCAGUCCCUCUUCAUGGGCCUCGUCUUCCUCGCAGGGACGCCUCUCAACUUCAUCAUCCUCUUCGUCACGGUGAAGUACAAGAAGCUCCGAGUGCCUCUCAACUACAUCCUCAUCAACAUCUCCAUCGCAGGAUUCAUAUUCGUCACCUUCUCCGUCAGCCAAGUGUUUGUCUCCACCACCCAGGGUUACUUCUUCAUGGGUCACACCAUGUGUGCCAUGGAGUCCGCCAUGGGAUCCAUAGCAGGGCUGGUGACGGCCUGGUCUCUGGCCGUCUUAUCUUUCGAGAGAUAUCUGGUGAUCUGUAAGCCAUUUGGAACCUUUAAGUUUGGCAGUAACCAAGCUCUGGCUGCGGUAGGCUUCACCUGGUUCAUGGGGAUUGGCUGUGCCAGCCCACCUUUCUUUGGCUGGAGCAGGUACAUCCCUGAAGGUCUGGGCUGCUCCUGUGGACCCGACUGGUACACUCACAAUGAGGAGUUUCACUGCAGCAGCUACACAAACUUCCUGAUGGUGACCUGCUUCAUCGCUCCGCUCAGCAUAGUUAUCUUCUCCUACGCUAUGUUAAUGAAAGCGCUACAAGCCGUGGCAGCUCAGCAGGCUGAGUCGGAGUCCACCCAGAAGGCAGAAAGGGAAGUAUCGAGGAUGAUCAUCGUCAUGGUGGGAUCCUACCUCGUCUGUUACGGCCCGUACGCUAUCGCAGCUCUUUACUUUGCCUACUCUUCAAACGAACACAAAGAUUAUCGACUCGUCACCAUCCCGGCGUUUUUCUCCAAGAGCUCAUGUGUCUACAACCCGCUCAUCUACGGCUUCAUGAACAAACAGUUUAACGGCUGCAUCAUGGAGACGGUGUUUGGAAAGAGCAUGGAUGAAACCUCUAGCGUUUCUUCAAAGACCGAAGUGUCUUCAGUUUCCACAGCGUCUUAA